AAAAAAAAUAUUUAAUUUCCUCCCAAUCCAUUACACGUCGCAAUCGUCGUUUUCCCCCUCAAUUUCUCACCACCCACGAACGCAAUAAUCCUCACCAUUAGAGUCCAUCUAUUGGAAGACUGUCAUCAUGUCGAAAAUCACAGUCGCCGGAGUGCGUUCCAACGUCGGUGAUCUACUUGAUUACUCCCUCAACACUAAGAAGCGCAACUUCCUUGAGACUGUCGAGCUCCAGAUCGGCCUCAAGAACUAUGACCCUCAGCGUGACAAGCGUUUCUCCGGCACCAUCAAGCUGCCUGCCAUCCCCCGCCCUAACAUGAGCAUCUGCAUCUUGGGUGACCAGCAUGAUCUCGAUCGUGCCAAGCACGGCGGUGUCGAUGCCAUGUCUGCCGACGACUUGAAGAAGCUCAACAAGAACAAGAAGCUCAUCAAGAAGCUCGCUCGCAAGUACGAUGCCUUCGUUGCUUCUGAGGCUCUCAUCAAGCAGAUUCCUCGUCUCUUGGGACCCGGUCUGUCCAAGGCCGGUAAAUUCCCUACGCCCGUCUCCCACUCCGACGACCUUACUGGCAGGAUCAACGAAGUCAAGUCCACCAUCAAGUUCCAGCUGAAGAAGGUUCUCUGCAUGGGUGUCGCUGUCGGAAACGUCGGCAUGACCGAGGAUGAGCUCGUCGGCAACAUCAUGUUGGCUAUCAACUACCUUGUCUCGUUGUUGAAGAAGGGCUGGCAGAACGUUGGUAGCUUGACCAUCAAGGCUACCAUGUCUCCCCCCAAGCGUCUCUACUAGAUUAGAUGUCGCAUAAGGUCAUUGGAGGAUGUAGUACUGAACGUGCUGGUAUUUAGAUUCUAGUAGUAGCACACAGAUAGCCAAUCCACCGAACCUCCAGGCAACAAAA